UUCUACAAUUCACUCCUGAGCCAAAACCCCCUUUUUAGAACAACACGAUGCUCAAGUCUGUCACAGAAAGCUUUGCCAGAGUGAUCCAUGGCCUGAACGUGGAACACCUGACAGAUCGCGUUAUUCAAAGGAGCAAGAGAAUGAUUCUGGACACUCUGGGUGUUGGCUUCCUGGGAACCAGUACUGAAGUGUUUCACAAAGUCAGCCAAUACAGUAAGAUCUACAGUUCCAAUACAUCCAGCACUGUCUGGGCCCAGCCAGACUUCAGGCUCCCACCCGCAUAUGCUGCUUUCGUUAACGGCGUGGCUAUUCACUCAAUGGAUUUCGAUGACACGUGGCACCCUGCUACCCACCCUUCUGGGGCUGUCCUUCCUGUCCUCACAGCUUUAUCAGAAGCCCUGCCUCAAAGUCCAAAGUUUUCUGGCCUUGACCUGCUGCUGGCUUUCAAUGUCGGUAUUGAGGUGCAAGGCCGGUUGUUGCAUUUCUCCAAGGAAGCCAACGACAUACCAAAGAGAUUCCAUCCCCCCUCGGUGGUAGGAACUUUGGGUAGUGCUGCUGCUGCCUCCAAGUUUUUAGGACUUAGCUUGACACAGUGCCAAGAGGCUCUGGCUAUUGCUGUUUCUCAUGCUGGGGCACCCAUAGCAAAUGCUGCCACUCAGACUAAGCCCCUUCAUAUUGGCAACGCUGCCAGGCUUGGGAUGGAAGCUGCUUUUCUGGCAAUGCUGGGUCUCCAAGGAAACAAGGAGAUCUUGGACAUGAAGGUAGGCUUCGGGGCCUUCUAUGCCAACUAUUGCCCCAAAGUCCUUCCAAGCCUAGAUUCCCACACUUGGCUGCUGAACCAGCAGGACGUGGCCUUCAAGCGUUUCCCGGCUCAUUUGGCCACUCACUGGGUGGCAGAUGCUGCUGCAUCUGUGAGAAAGCACCUUGUAACAGAUAGAGCUCUGCUUCCCACUGACCACAUCAAGAGAAUUGUGCUCAGGAUUCCAGAUGUCCAGUAUGUAAACAGGCCCUUCCCAGACUCAGAGCAUGAAGCACGUCAUUCCUUCCAGUAUGUGGCUUGUGCCAUGCUGCUCGAUGGUGAUAUCACUGUCCCAUCAUUCCAUGAAAGCCAGAUCAACAGGCCACAGAUGAGAGGGUUGCUCAGGAAGGUGGAGCUGGAGCACCCUCCAGACAACCUGCCAAGCUUCAACACACUGUACUGCGAGAUAAGUGUCACCCUCACAGACGGAGCCACGUUCACUGAGCGCUCCAAUACCUUCUACGGUCACUGGAGGAAACCACUGAGCCAGAAGGACCUAGAGGAAAAGUUCAGAACCAAUGCCUCCAGGACUCUGUCCUGCAACACAGUGGAAAGUCUUAUCAAGACAGUAGGAAAACUGGAAGACCUAGAAGACUGUUCUGUGUUAACCACUCUUCUCAAAGGAUCCUCUCCACUGAGGCAUCACACUGCCUUUGGGGAGGAUCAAUGAUCUGCUUUGUAAAGCGAGGGUCUGCUACUUGUUCUGCCCAAGAAUAAAUGAAGCAAGGUGGAGACAUCCCAGAGACAGAACUAUAUAUAUAUUUG